AUGGGAGAUGUAUCCUGCGUGUACAUACCCACCUGCUACGAGUAUUCCCAAAGCUUAAGCAAAGUCUGGGGAGCACCACUUAUUAAAUUUCCUGAUGCCAGGCCAGAAAACCUGUACACCUUAAUUAUGGUGAAUCCUGAUGCACCCAGAAGAUCUAAGCCAAUACACAGAUUCUGGAGACACUGGUUGGUCACAGAUAUCCCAGGUGAAGAUCUUCAAAAAGGUGUUGUUACUGGAAUUGUGCAAUCAAAGUAUUAUCGUCCAAAACCACUGCGUCAUACUGGACUCCAUAGAUACCAGUUCCUAAUCUACAAGCAACAUCCUCAGGUCUCUCCAUUUCUCCUACCCAGUGAAAAAAUUCUGGCCCGCUUGGGACGUAGCUGCAUUUGCUCAUCGAUCCAGGCUGGGUGA